UUUAAUAUUAUUCAUUUUAUUUAAAUAAUGUCAUACGACACAGCACUUACAGUAUUUUCUCCAGAUGGUUAAUUAUUUUAAGUAGAAUAUGCAAUGGAAGCAGUUAAAAGGGGUCUCUGUUGUGUUGGUGUAAGGGGAAAAGAUGUUAUAAUAUUGGGAGUAGAAAAGAAAGCUACAUCAAAAUUAUAAGAUGUUAAAACAAUUAAGAAAGUAUAUUAAUUAGGUAUUUUAUUCAUUUUAAUACAUAUAGAUAAUAAUCUUUGUAUGACCUUUUCUGGAUUGAAUGCAGAUGCAAGAAUUUUAGCAAAUCAAACUAGAUUAUAAUGCUAACAAUAUAAGAUUUACUAUGAAGAUGAUCCUUCAGUUGAUUAUAUUGCUAAAUUUACCAGUUAGCAAUAAUAAAAAUUUACAUAAAGAGGAGGUGCUAGACCAUAUGGAAUUUCUACUCUUAUUGGAGGAUUUUAUAAUAAUCAACCUAAACUCUUUUAAACUGAUCCUUCAGGAGCAUGCUCAGAAUGGAAAGCUACUUCUCUAGGAAAGAGUGCCAAAUAAGUUAAAGAUUUCUUAGAAAAACAUUGGACAGAAGGAUUAAAUGAAAAAAAUGCUCUUUUACUUACUACUAAAGUAUUUCAAAAAAUUAUUUUUAGGCUUUAAUGGAUGUAGUUGAAAGUGGUAACAAAAAUAUAGAAUUAUGUGUUAUUAGAAAGAAUGAAUGUUGGUUUUUGAAUGAAAAUGAAGUUGAAGAAUUAACAAAAAUUACAGCUCAAUUAUAAUGAGUUGAUAUCAUCAAGG